AACACGUAUGCCAGAAUACAGUGUUAUUACUUGAUAUAAUAAACAUGGCUCCUGACGAAGCGCCGGCGCAGGAGGUGCCGCCUUCGUCGCGCUUAUGUGUGAAGAACAUUCCAAAAUACGUUGAUGAAGCGAAGCUUAAGGACUUUUUCAGCGCAAAGGGCGAGGUGACGGACGUGAAGGUGCUUCGCACAAAGGAUGGCCGUUCCCGUCAGCUGGGGUUCAUCGGCUUCAAGUCAGCGGAGGAAGCAGCAACUGCUCUGCGCUACUACAACAAGUCUUACAUGGAUACCUCAAGGCUUCAAGUGGAGUUCGCUCGCAAAGUUGGGGACGACCAGCUCCCUCGGCCCUGGAGCAAGCACACAGCCGGCAGUACGGCAAACAAGAAGGGGACGCAAGGCGCAGCGGCUCCGGUGGGCGGCAAGGGGGACGCUGUAGCUGUUGCGGCUGCCGCCAAGGCCGCGAAGGGGAAGGGCAAGUCGCAGGAGGAGCCCCGGCCGGAAGAUGAUGACCCCAAGCUGCGGGAGUUCAUGGCGCUCAUGCAGCCGCGGGCCAAGGCGCGCAUUUGGGGCAACGACGAGCUGCCGAACCAGCAGCAGGCCGCAGCGGAUGCGGUCGCAGCGGCAGCCGCCCUGCACAAGCAGCAGCAGGAGCAGCAGCAGCGGCAGCGGCGGAUGCAGCGCGAAGCCGGCGGCAGUGAGGAUGGGGACGGAGAGGAGGACGAGGAGGAGGAGUACCAGGACUGGUCGGGCGCAGUGGCGAGGGCGCAUCAGGCGGGAGAUGGUGAGGAGGAGGAGGAGGAGGAUGCAGACAUGGCGGACCUGCGGGAUGGGGAUGAUGAUGAUGAUGAGGAGGAGGGUGGUGAGAAGCGGGGUAAUGGCGGCGGCAUGAGGGAUGAGGUGGUUGUCAACGAUGCGGUGUCUGACCUGGAGUAUCUGCGAAGUCGCAUGCGCCGCUGGGAUGAGGACGACGAGGAGGAGGAGAAGGAGAAGGACAAGGGUACCGGAGGUGCGGGGGCGGAGGCGGCAGCGGCGCGCGGGGACCAGAGCGGUGUGGGUACCUCUCCCAGGUGUAAGCCGGCGGGAGCAGCAGCAGAAGCAGCAGCGGCUGUAGUAGACGACAAGGCUGGGCGGAAGGUAGCAGCCAAGAAGGGUGCUACCGCUGCCGCUGCUGCGGUCCGGAAGACCCAUGGCUCGGGCGAGGAGGCUCCGGACGACGCCGGCGGGUCCGAGGAUGCCGACGGCGACAUUGACAUGGAGGAGCGCGACCAGCAGCCGGACGCAGCUGCGAGCGGAGCAGCAGCAGCAGCAGCGGGGACGGCAGCAGCGGCAGCAAAGUCCUGGAGGGGCGCUGGCGGUGCUCCUGGGGGUGGUGGUGAGGAGGAGGAGGAGGAGGGCAUCAUGGAGACGGGUCGGCUGUUUGUGCGCAACCUGGCUUACACGGCCACUGAGAGCGACCUGAGUGAGCUGUUCGGCGCGUUUGGAGACCUGCAGGAGGUGCACCUGGUGCUGGAGAGGGAGACCAAGCGCUCCAAGGGGCUGGCCUACGUGCAGUUCCAAAUGCCCGAGGACGCGGUCCGCGCGGCUCAGCAGCUGGACGGCACCAUCUACCAGGGUCGCCUGCUGCACAUCCUGCCCGCGAAACGACCACCAGGCGCCUCAGCACCCACAGGUGCUGCUGCUGGUGGUGGUGCUGCAGGCGAAGGGACAGCAGCCGCGGGAGAGGGAGAGGGAGCAGCCGCAGCAGCAGCAGGACCGGGCGGCAACGCCGGCCUGUCUACCUUCAAGGCGCAGCGGGAGGCGCAGCGCAAGGCGGAUGCGGGCAACCGUGCUGCCUGGAACACGCUGUUCAUGCGGGCGGACACGGUGGCGGAUGCGGUUGCAGCGCACUUUGGGCUCAGCAAGGCUCAGCUGCUGGACCCCACCAGUGCGGCGGGAGGCGGAGGGGCGGGGGACAGCGUGGCGGUGCGCAUGGCGUUGGGCGAGGCGCAAGUGAUUGCCUCCACCAAGCAAGCGCUAGCAGAGGCAGGGGUGCAGGUAGAGGCGUUGGAACGCGCGGCGGCGGCCAGCGGCAAGGCCUCUGCCGUACGAACCGUGGCACGCAGUGGUACGACACUGCUGGUUAAGAACUUGCCAUACAGUGCGGAUGAGAACGAGCUGGCGGAGAUGUUUGGGCGGUGCGGUCCGGUGGCGCGGCUGGUACUGCCGCCUGCUCGGGCGCUGGCGUUGGUGGAGUUCACGGAGCCGCAGGACGCGAGGGCGGCCUUUAGGUCCCUGGCCUACAAGAAAUACCACCAUGUGCCCAUCUAUAUGGAGUGGGCUCCCGCGGACGUCUUCUCCGCGCCGCCGCCCGCACAGCCCGCCGGCAAGCAGCUGCAGCAGCAGCCCGGGGGUGCUACGGCGGCUACAGCGGCAGCAGGGAAAGCCCCCAAGGCCGCCGCCGCGGCUGCCGCCGCCGCCGGGGAUGCUGCUGCAGACGCCGCUGCCGCCGCUGACGGCGGCGGCGCCGUCAACCCCACUACGGUUGGCACCAUCUACGUCAAGAACCUUGCCUUCGCCACCACCGAUGCGGCGUUUCGGAAGCACUUUGACAGUGCUGUAUCGGCGGUGGGCGGCUGCUUGCAUUCCGCGGUGGUGGCUCGGAAGAAGGCCAAGGACGGUGCCGUACAGAGCCUGGGGUACGGCUUUGUGGAGGUGGACAGCGAGGCGGUGGCGGCGGCGGUGAUUAAGAAGCUGCAGGGGAGUCAGCUGGAUGGUCACAAGCUGGCGCUGCAGCUCAGCAAGGGACGCAAGGCGGCGGCGGGCGGAGCAGCGACCCAGGGGUCGGCGAAGGCCAAGGCAGGGGAGGCGGACGGCAGCACCAAGCUGGUUGUGCGGAACUUGGCGUUCGAGGCUACCAAGAAGGAUAUCCAAGGCUUGUUUAACCCGUUCGGCCACCUCAAGUCCUGCCGCCUGCCCAAGAAGUUCGACGGCAGCCAUCGUGGCUUUGCGUUCGUGGAGUUUGUCACCAAGCAGGAAGCUCGAAACGCGCUAGAAGGUGUUGGCGGCACCCACCUUUACGGACGCCGCUUGGUGGUGGAGUAUGCCAAGGAGGACGACGGGCUAGAAGAGCUUCGGAACAAGACAGCUGCGAAGUUUAAACGGGACGAGGAGGUUGAGGCGGGGGGUGCGCCAGCGAAGCGGUUGAAGGUGUAGGCUCCUGUGGUGCGUCCGUGGCAGGAGGAGUACCGGGCGAGGGUACCAGUAAAUAGGAAUCGACCCGGUCCAGUUAUUGUCUGUAAUGAGUCAAGAACAGCAUUGCAUACAUUUUGUGGGAUUCCUGCUUUGCCAGCUGGCUUGCGACGAGCAGAGGAUAGACGGAAUCCGGUUGACGAGGGUUGUUACUGCGGUGAUGUACAUCCGCCUCCUGCUCAGUGACCGUCGAACUGCCACUGCCCUUUAUAAUCGCGUUACAAGGUAUACAUAUGAUUAAUACGGAUUCCUACUAUGCCGGACGGCUAUCCUGGUAGAAAUUACCGCUUCGCUCGCCUUUGUAAUUCUGCUGCGUUCCAUAUAUAUACGGCAAAUGCUCGUGCCUUAAACUACAAACCUUUUACUUUAUCGAACCUGCGCAAGCGAGGGCGGUUGUCACGGGGGACCCCGUGGACACUGCUGCUUUUCGAGCCAAUGCACUAGUAACAUCAACAAAUUAGUUGGAUAGAGCUAGUAGACGGCACACUGGCCCAUCUGUUUGCUCCUGACAGCUAGGCGCUUUCGGCCCCGGGUUCGUGCCAUGGGUAACUGCUCCAGCCAACCUGAUGCCGUAAGCAUCUCACUUCGUGGCUCCAGAAGAUUAAAGGAUGUCAGCAUUCGUGCAGAAGAAUUGGGGUCUGUUCAAAAAGACGGAAUUAAAGGGAUUUUAUUGAAAGAAGGUCAGGGCCGGCUACGAACAUUGUCGCGUGUGUCUUGGCGGGACCUUACCUCAUUGGCCGGCGCUGCUUUACCCGAGGGCAUCGACAACGAGGGCGUGGGGCUGCAAGCCAAACUCGCAGCGCUGCACUGCCCGGAAGCCGCGGAGGUCUCCGCCACGCUGCAAUUCCUCAAGUGCUCGGCUGCAGGCAGCGGCGGGCACCAUCACAUCAGCAGCCGCGGCAGCUACAGCACCAGCGGCGGCCUCAUGAGCCCCAGCCCAGUCACCGCUGGCUUCGCCAGCCCCAGCCCAACCAACGGAUUCCUUCCCUCCAGAGCCAGCAGAGGCGCAGGCAGCCCUACUGCGUGCUACAGCCCUAGCGGUGGUGGUUAUGGCGGCGGCGGUGGCAGCGCCGGCGGCUACAGUGGUGGUAGCGUAAACACGGCCAUCAGCCCCGUCGCGGGCGCGCGAGGCGGCGGGGGCAGCGGAGGCAGUGCCGGCAGCGGCAGCAACUUUAGCCCUAGCUUCUUCCGUCCCAGCGGCGGGGGCUGCAGCGUCAGCGCCAUCACGUUC